AUGGCGCUGCUGACUCCCGAGGAAUGCGAGGUGGACGUUUGCGUGUUGGGCACUGGCCUGACCGAGAGCGUGGCCGCAGCCGCAUUCGCCAGACUUGGGCGCCGGCUGCUGCAUCUCGACGCUUCUGGAGCCUACGGCGGCUGCUGGCGGUCAUUGUCGCUGGCCGAGUUCAUUCAUUGGGCGGGAGGAAGCCCACGCUUCGAAACCCCGGUGUCAGAGGUUGCGGGAGGCGACUUCCGCUCCCUGCCAGAGCAGGCGUGGACAGUUCUACAUCGACGCUGUACUACUGCACGCCUUGGGGAGACCUUCAGGCCAAGGCAUGACUUUGAGGUGGAGACUACUGAGCCUGAAGCUGGUCUGCCGGCAGAAGCCACAGCAAACGGGGACACAGCUUUCAAAUUGGCGGCUCAUGCGAGCUAUGGCUGCUUUAUGGAUCACAGCUUUGAGUGGGAUCCGUUUGGGAAGCUGUCUGAAAUAGAGCUUUGCAAGCAGAAGCGGGCAUUGCUGAAGAGCCCGACGUCUUUCAGUCUGGACAUUGUACCACGCUUGCUCUUCGGGCGAAGCGAGUUCGUAGACGUCCUGAUUGAGUCUGGUGUUGCAAGGUACUUGGAGUUUCAGGGCCUGAAAUCUGCAAGAGUCCUCACGCCCGACGGUCUCUUCGCUGUGCCUUUGACAAAGAGCGAAAUCUUUCAGGAUACACAUUUGAGCAAGCCGGAAAAGAGGACGCUGAUGCGAUUCAUUACAUCCGUCCAGCCCUAUGUGGGUAGCCUGGCCUUUCAGUCUGCAGCCCAGCUGGGCGUGGACCAAGCCAGGAAGGUUAAAGGCCCCAACGAGCUGGACUCCAGCGUUUUGGGAAUCAACCUGCAGGAGCCCUGGCGGAAUUUCCUGGAGCGGCAGCAGCUCUCCCAGAGACUGCAGGAGUUCAUUACGUAUUCCAUUUGUUUGUGGGAUUGGUCCUCUGAGACUCAGUCGCCGCAGUGGCCAGAGCUUUCUUGUGAUGAGGCCCUUCGACGCCUUGGCAGAUUUGUGUCUUCACUUGGCAUGUACGGCCGGGGAACAAGUAUGCCUUUGCUAUACCCAAUGUAUGGAGUGGCGGAGAUUGCACAAGGUUUCACUCGCAUGAGCGCACUUCACAGGGGAACCUACGCCCUUCGCACUCGUCCAACCCAUCUCCUGGCCCGGAAGGAUGAGGAAAAGGGCUGGCACAUGACUGGAGUCGUCACUCACCGUGGUGAGAUCAUACGAACUGCAAGCGUCGUUGGCUCAUGUGACCAUAUCACUCAAGAUGGCGUGGAGGAUACAGGGUCAGACUUGACAAGCUGCAGGCGUAUGACGGUGCUGUUGAACAGUCCGCUGCUAGGGGAGGAAGGGGUGAACCUUUGUGUUGUGCCUCCCAGCUCUUUCUCGCCACCAUUGCAAAACGUGGUGCAGGUAUUGCAGCUCGACUGGAGUACGGGCACGUGCCCCCGAGGAUGGUACGUACACCACCUUUCCCAAGCGUGGGUGGGCCAAGAUACAAGCAGCGCAUUUGCCGAUGUCGACAAAGUGUUCGAUGCACUUCUGACGCGAUGCCCGGAUGCCACUUGCCUCUUCCGCUGCAGAUAUGUGCACAGGCCGCGGCCCAAGGAGCGCUGGCAGACAUCAGAAAGUGGCUCAGCCAUGAAAGACUGCAGCAGUUCCGGUAGCCUCGCAGUCGUUGCCGAUCCGUCUGCGGUGCCGCAGCUUGUGGUUUCUGACGAGAUCCACGAAGCGCGGCAGGUGUUCCUCGCAUCUCCAGCUGCUGCUGGUGCAUGUGCCGAGGAUUUCUUGCGAAAGCCUGAACACGUUGCUGAGGAGCGGGGUAGCCACGAGGAGCGUGGUGGAGCUAUGGAGGAGUUGGAGCUUUUCAACGAGCAGAUGCAAGAAUCCGAGCAGAGCAAAAACCCAAGCCUUCCUUGCCCAUCUGAGGGUGAGGGCACGGAUGCCUCCUCAGCGGAGGCAGUUGAGCGCAAAGUAUCCAAGCUAGUGGACAGGAGUGAGGCUGGUAAGCAGGCAGGAAUGCUCUUCAGAAAGGAGGUGGCUUCAGUCUUCAACCACUGGCCUCCGCGAAGAGGGCUAGUGAGCCUGCCACAAGACAAAGAGGCUGGUGGCAGGGAGCGAGGACGGUUGUGCUUUGCCCCAGAGGAUGUCAGCAUAAAGCUGACAAGCACCUUGGCUCUGCAUGCCUCGCAUUGUGAUAGGAACGGCAGAACAGUUGUCGAUGUCCUGCUCGGCCGCUUCGAUAGAGCGCGUGUCAGCUUGAGUCGGGCCAGCCGAUGGCUUCAUGUGCGCAAGGCGGAGAUAGACUGCCAGAUGGUCAACUUCCGCCUCAACCCGAUCUUCUGGCUCAUCAUGCCAGCGAUGCUGGUUUUUCGACCACUUCUUGCUCUUGUUGGCUUACUGAUGCUCUACAUCGUAGUGCCCAGCAGAGCUGCUGCAGAAAAUGCAAAAAGCGAGACCAGCUUCACAGCUUUUCUCUCCGCAGAAGAUCUGUGGAAUUGCAGCUUGUGGAGAGCUGUGGUCACAGCUGGUCUGCGAGACAUCAUGAACUAUAGCGUUGCAGGACUGGUGGCACUCCCUCGAGAAGUCUCGGGAGAACUUUCUGCCGCUACAUCUUUCGAGGUGAAAGGUCUGAAGGUCUCAGAGUCCUGCCUCAUCCUGGACGCAGUGGCGAACCUGCCGGGUAAGACGGUCUUCCAAUAUCGUCUGAAGACGGGGGUCUCGCUUGGAGAAGUUGACGGACGCCAGUGCAUCAUCUGGGAUGACCCAUCUAUCGAGGUAACUCCCGGCUGGCCGUUGCCACAAUUCUGGGCACCGAUAGGAAGCUUCGCUGGCCUUGGCUUACCUGACAGAUUGAGAUUUUCGCGCUUUGAAUUCCAAGCAGAUGGAUUGCUGGUCAUGGAAGGACACGUUGCUGGAGAAGGCAACCGCCAGGCAAUCAUCCCUAUCUAG